UGCAAAAUGAAAAAAAAGUUUGCUACGAUCGGAUAACCGAGCACAAAGUUAAGGUGGUUGGAAAUUUCAAAGGAGUGGUUCGAGUUUACUGAACUCGAACCACUUCAACCCCACAUGGUUCGAGGCUUAUAUCAUCGAUCUACGAGUAGAUCGAGUCUCCUACACUCGAACCGGUUAGUAGUUCGAGUUUCUCAAACUCGAACCACUCCAAACUUAGGUAUUUUGGGAAAUUUUUUUAAAAGUGUGGUAGUUUAGGAAUUUGCUUUAGUUUUAUGUGUAUUUAGAGAAUUAAUCCCUUAUUAUGAGAGUUCCAGCGACACUGGUGGAUGGAUCCGUAGCUAGUUAGGUCACUUGAUGAUGAGAAUUCGCCCAAAUCAGCUACAGCUUGGAAGACCAACAACAAUGAGAUAAAAAUAUUUUUAAAAACCGUGAACGGCAGGAUUCGAACCUGCGCGGGCAAAGCCCACAUGAUUUCUAGUCAUGCCCGAUAACCACUCCGGCACGUCCACAUCUGGCUUACUAUUUGUUUGUUGACAUAUCUAUAAUAAAUUGGAAAGAUUAAGGAGAUUUGAAGUUCACUAUUUGCAUAUUGUAACUUUACUUAUUACCGUUCACACCAGUAAUUCACGAAAGCCAGUGUCAUUGAUGAAAUUCCGGUUGGAAAUGUGACGGAUAAAAUAAAUACUGGUAUGGGUAAGACUGUAGUGUUCGCUUAUGCCCUUUCUCUUCAAGAAAGUCCCUUUACAAUUAAAAACAAAAACCCUUUACAAUGGUUAAGUUUGCUAACUAGGAAAGAUCAAACGUAGGGAUUCAACGGAAAAAAAAGAUCGAACGCAGGUAUCUCAAUAGUCAUACUCAUUCCGUUGCAUGUCGAGUUCAGGUUGGAUAUCUUGUUUUGGGUCGCAUGUCAAAGCAGAUCGACCAUAAGGGUAUGUGCGGUAAAGGUAGAACACUUGAUAAAUUAAUCUUUUCAUUAAAAUUUUGAGAAAUAAACUAUAAAAUUAUAAUUAUAGUUCAAUUAUUCAAGAAAUUGAGUUUCUCAUCUAUUUACAACUUUAUGACGCUAAACUAUGAUGUAGUAGAAGUAAAAUACUAAGUAUUUGUGUAAAAUUAUAUAUAAAUUAGAAAACAAAAUUGUUAAACUCUAUCAUACACCAACAAUUAAUAAGAGUUUUUAUAUAUAUAUGGUCUUGUCUAUGAUGCCCUUACAUUUUCUAGUGCAUGUUAUGCACUCGUUUAAUAAUCAUCAUUGUGAGCAAGCAAUUCAUGUCAAAUUGAUGUCAACCAUCAUUUAUAUGAUGAUGGACAAGAAAAUCCAUGAAGUUACACAAAAAUCAUUCAAGAUUUAGAUUUACAAUUUGGGGUUUACGGUUAGAGUUCAAAAUUAAAUUUUUAGGCUAAGGGUAAUGCAUAGAUUAGUUGUGAUCAUAUGUUAUAUAACCAUAUUAGACUAAUGCUACCAAUCAAAAUUCGAUGUCUUAAGACUACCUUUAGAGUGCAACAUAACACACACAUUUUUGUGAGUGCACCAUAGAAGCCACCAUAUAUAGUGUGCAUAUAGCAAAUAGGGGCAUAAUCUAAUGGUUCUACCACAAGUCUUGAACCUGGAGAUCACAGGUUCGAAUCUUUCAAGUUGCACUGAUAAUGAAAAAACAAGCAUAUAUCAUCCUUAUCUAAGAAAAUAAUUAUGUGCAUGUAAUAUAUUAUAUGUAUUUUGAUGAAUCAAAACCAUGGAUUAUUCUUUUUAAUUAAACUAAUCUUAGGAUGUAGUAUUUAGAGGAUUCAUGUUCUAGAUAGCCGUAGAAGCCACCAUAAUUAAUGAUCAUUUGAGCUAUUAAUUUAUCUUGCUUUUAAUGAAAAUCUUUAAUUGAUAACCUAAACUUGUAGACUUUGAAUGGUUAAUUUAGUUGACGGGACCACCCUAUCACUUGACCAUGUCAAAAACGCAUUCGGAUGCAUGAUCAUUGAAGCAAUUAUAACUUAUAAGGGUGAACAUAUCAACCCGAAAACUGAUAUAACUCUUCAACCCGAACUAGCCCACCUGUAAAACCCGUGAGUUGUAAAAUAUCUGGGUGGGUAUGAGUAUGUCAAUUGUCACCCAUUUUUAGUCAGGUUGGGUUCAGUUUUUGGGUUGUCAAAUGCAAAAAAAUCCAAUCGACCGACAAUUUAAUUUGGCCUAUUUAAAUAUUAGGGGUGGGAAAUGGGACGGGAUUGAGUACCUGUCCCGUUUGAAACAAACCAGGUCCAGGAACCAAUAGGGUACAGACCCAAAGCCCAAACAAUAAAAUCCAGCCUUCAAACCCUAAUCGAAAUCUACCCUCUUCUUGAAUCCUCCACCAUCGUAGCCAAAGAGCAGCAUUGCCGCCUUGACACACUUGCAGAGCCACUUCCCACUAGCCACGCCGCCAUGCACCAAACAAAGGAACCAUCUUCCAAUGACCCGGAUGGAGGCAGGGGCGGACCCACGGGUGUUUAGGGGUGUCCCCGGACACCCCUAAAUUUUGGGAAAACGGUUAUCCAACCCCCGGUAGUAAUUUACGUAUUGACAAAAAAAAUUAUAAUUGAUAGUCGGGGACACCCCUAAAUUUAAAAAAGUGAUUAUCCUAAUCUCAUUGUUUAGUUUGAGUAUGAGAAUAUAAGUGGUAGUUUGGGUAAUUCAAACCUAGGACACUUUUAUUAUUAAUAAACGUAAUUUUCAUUAGGCUACAACUCAUAUGUUAUUCGAUUUUAUACACUGUGUAAUAGUAUAAUGUCAUUCUCUAUCUCUAAUUAUUUUCAAAAUCUAACAAUUAAACAAAUUUCAAGCUACCGUUAAUUUGUAUUGAUUUAUGGUUGUACAACAAGUAUUGAAAGAAUCUUUUCAGCUUUGGAUUACAUCAAGAACAAGUUUGCAAACUGAAUAUGUGAUCAGUUCGUGAAUGGUUGUCUAAUAUGAUAUACAGAGAUAAUUUUUUUGAAUAGUGUAGACCCCAAGUGUGUUCUACAAUCAUUUUUUAAUAUGAAAACACAUUGUGAAUUUUUUCAAACUGUAUGAGUAAAGUAUUUCUUAUUUAAAUAUUAUUUAUUUUUUAUUAAUUAUUUUAGAAUUAUUUGUAUUUAAUUUAUUUUUUAAAAGAUGACACCCCUAUGUAAAAUUUCUGGGUCCGCCACGGGAUGGAGGGACGAUCCCACCUCGUGCCAAUCGCUCUCUGCCUCCCGUCGCACCAACAAAGAGAAGACAUCAGGGAUGACCGGUCGACCAGUAGAGAAAAUAGAGGAAAAAGCACUUCUGCCUUCAUGCUCAUCUAGCCGAGUACGACGCCAUAGGGAUGCAUCUCCAAAACACAAUGACCUGCAAGGUGUAACAAGGAGGUAGACUAGGAAGAAAUGAAGAGAAAACAAGCUAGAUCUGCAUCAGAUCCAGUCUCCUUCGCAUCUUAAAGUGGUCGUCAUCUCCAUAUCUGAAAUAAACAUAUCAGAUGCCAAAAGAACAUCCCACAGAGGUGGGUGAAAGCAACCCAAAAACGGGAAUGAAAGCACCUAGGAAUGGGCAGAAAACAUAACCAAACAAAAACAAAAAGGGAAAAAGAAUGAAAGAGAAGAAGCAAAACAUGAAGAGCAAGGAGAAAUGGGAAACAUGGCAUGGACCUAUUCGUAGUGUUUACCACUAAAAAAUCACUCAAUACCACAUUGAUUAUUUUCAAGGAGUGGUAGUGAUUUAUAAGGCCAACUUAACCAUGUUAAUUAAAUUGGUUUAGGUUGGGCCUAAAUAAUGGUAUUUUGGGCUUCAUACCAGGUACCUUAACACACUCACCCAAAGGGGGUCAAGUGCCGAGCGUUGACACCCUUCAACAUCAACCACCCAAGUCGUGGAGACCCACAGGACAAGGGGGGUCAAGCAUGACAUCGCGCAAGGGGGGUCAUGCAUGACACCGUCCAAGGGGGUCAAGCACAAGGGGGGUCAUGCAUGACAUCAUCCCAGGGGGGUCAAGCAUGAUAUCAUCCAAGGCAAGUGGAGUAUGACGAGAUGCGAGCUAGUUGUGGUAGCAAAGAGAGCCAAAAUUUGGUUAAGUGUUGAGACCCAUAGCACAAGGGGGGUCAGACAUGACAUCAUCCCAGGGGGGUCAAGCACAAGGGGGGGUCAUGCAUGACACCGUCCAAGGGGGUCAAGCACUAGGGUGUCAAGCAUGAUGCAGAGGUGAAAAUUGGCUAAGUAUGGAGAUCCAACCGUCCAAGGGGGGUCAUGCAUGACCUCGUCCAAGGGGGUCUCGUCCAAGGGGUCUCGUCCAAGGGGGUCUCUUCAAGGGAGUCAAGCAUGACACCGUGCGAGGGGGGUCAAGCAUGAUACCAUCCAAGGGGGUCUAGCCGCCUACCAGGUAUCAAAGCGUGUGGCAAGGGGAGAAAGGCAGGACAAGUCACUAGACCGUGAUGGGAAAAAAGGCAAAAAUUGGCUAAGUGUUGAGACCCAUAACGCAAGGGGGGUCAAGCAUGGCAUCAUCCCAGGGGGUCCUUGUACUAGGAUGUCAAGCAUGAUAACCAGACAUGGCCAUAGCAAGAGGGUACCAAGCCGGCAAGGCAGGGCUUGGUACCAAGACAUGAAAAGCAUGAAUUUGGCUAAGUAUGAAGCCAACGGGGUCGGCAAGAAUGGCUUGGCAGCCAAGCAAGGUGACAGGGUAUCAUGACCCCAAGGGGGUAUCAAGCCGGUAAGACUGACUUGGUGGACAUGCAACAGGGGGCCAAGACGAACUUGAUAACCAGACAUCAGGGUAUCAAGCAAACAAGACAAUAAAUUCGACUAAGGCAUGGUGGCUAGCUGAGGUGGCCACCCGACUAGGUACCAAACAACCAUGUAUAGCCCUUAUGGGGUCAUAUGGAGACAAAGUCUCAAGGCGGGCUUGGUAGCACCCUAACGCGGUACCAAACCGGUAGGGUGCAACUUACCACUUGACGAGGCUACAAAAACUAAGUAUGGAGACCAAGCCACCAAGACUGGCUUGGUAGCAAGGGGUGUCAAGUUGAUUACAUGGGCUUGGUGGCAUGCCGGAAGGUAUCAAGCCGAUGAGACGGCUUGGUAACAACCAACAAGUUAAUGAGGAGGACUUGGUGUCAUGAGAUGGUAGUGGUCUCAAGACGACAAGAGUGGGGAGUCAUCAAGCAGCCGAGGGUGCGAUCAAGACUUCAUCAUGGAGGCUAAGGCAAAUAACCUCAACCCCAUCCA